AUGGCCCUUGAGAAUCUCCAGCCGUUUGCCUACGCUGUCAUCAGUAUUGCCUUUGCCUUGGGCACUGGCUCGAUCCUUCUCAGACUGUACUGUCGAUGGCGUCUGCGGGCUUUUGGACGCGAUGACGCUGCUGCCAUCUUUCUGUUUCUAACAGCAAAGGCCGUCAACAACGUACAACAGGCGAUCCUAUACGUAUUCCUGCAGCACGGGUGUGGAUUCUUUGAUGAUAGACCCGCGGACAAAGCACCAGAUGGGAUCCUCAAGCAAAUCAACACGGUAAUUUCCAUAAAUCCUGGAAUCAAGACUCAGAUUGCCGUCAUGGCUGUUAACUUGCCUGCUCUUAAAUCCCUGUUUACCACGGUAGUGGGGAGUUCUCAUGAGGCUUCGGGGUAUAGUAUUGAUAGGUAUAUUAAAGCGCAAGGGGGGCAUAGGCUUGGGAGUCUACCUUCGCAUUCACGCGGUCAAGGCACGUGGAGAGGUCGGAGGUUUGCAUCGCGGAUGUCAGGAGAAGGUGAUCUUGGGGGUACGUUGACUGGUUCCGAAGAGGAGUUUGUGAGGCAGCGGGACAAGAACGUUGAUAAGAUCCAGGUCGUUACGGAUGUUGAGAUAGUUUCGCAGUACAGUGGAGACGACAAUGGCAAUAGUUACCUGAUUAUUAGACGGUUAAGGAUUCGCCAACCAACCACAUAUAGGGCGAUAUUCGUGUUAAAACGAAGCCAACAUGAUAUUUAUUACCAAGGAGAUUAUGGAGGGCUCUUGGACGUCGUUGAUCUACCCAUCCCAUCUCGAUCCCUCCGUAAAGUUGUCCUUCCGUGGGUUGAUAUGGACUUCCCCAAUAUGGAGGCCGACGAGGACAUCAUCGACAUCUUUGGAGCGGCCUUCGAUUCCGAUCUUGAGAUGCUUAGGCGUUGGGCGACAGGGGUGAAUCAAACCGCGAGACACACCGAUGACGAGAUAACCCAGGACGAACUUGCCGAUCUAAGUACGGACAUCACUCAGGGUCAUGUCUCUGAAUAUGCAUCUGACCAGCACGAUGGUGAUGGUACAGUGAACGAACAGUUCUCUGAAUACGCCCCUGACCACAGCCCUGGGGAUAGUACAGUGGACGAAGACUUCUCUCAAUAUGUCGCUGAUUAUAGUCCUGGGGAGGGUACAGUGAACGAAGAUACUGACUCCGACUCCCGUCGAGUAGAUCAAUACUUUUAUUUCUACGGGAAUUCAUAUGACCCUGAAACAAUUGAUUGCUCGCAAGUCGACGCGUUUUCACAAACCUAUCCUGUUGAUCCCGCCGAGGAGGAACUGGCCAACAUCCUCGGCGACAUGCGGACGCCAACCGUUCGAAAUGGCGGAGCACAGCAUUGGGCCGCAGGAUGGGAGAGCCUACCUCCGGGUGACCUCCCAGGCCCCAGUGCGCGUAGUUCUUACGCGACAACGUACCCGGCGCCAGUUAACAAUAUAAACCCAGCGCUGCUUGACCUGUCCAACUCAACGUCCGGACCUUCUCAAGCCCAGGCCACCCAGGCCCAAGCCACCCAGGACCAUCAGCCAGUAGAGAGCCCAGCCCGACUGAAGAUGAAGACGUGCGAGAGCUGCCAGAAACACCGCUCCCAUGAUUUUGAAGUUUACAAGUAUGUUAUUCCCAAGGGGGCAUCGCAUGAUGGUUGGGUCAAAGCCGUGGGCAAUUUCUGCUUGCUCAAUGGGCCUGUUUGCCCCUAUUGUCGGAUAUCCAUCCCGGAUACGACGCCAGUGGGGCCUCUUCUUGUGACCUCUGAUGAGUGGCUGCAGAGCAUUGUACAAUGA